AUGGUAGACGCCGGCGCCGUGGCGGCCCCACCACCCCCACCAUCACCGUCCGCGGUGUGGACAGCGACGGGCGACAACGCAGACGACCCCAAGCCAUGGUACGAGCACGUGCCCAAGAACAUGCUCGUCUUUGCCGGCAACGCUGCCGUGGUCGGCUUCUUUGUUGGCGCCCGUCGAGGUGCCAGGAAUGCCCAGACCAGGUAUUUGGCUGAGAAUGCGCAUCGCCAGCCGACGACCGUCAAGGGAUGGUACUUCUACCACAAGACCCGCAACUACCGUAUCCUGUGGGGCGGCAUGCGCGAGGGGUCUCGAUACUCGCUCCGCCUGUCUUCUGCCGUGGCCCUGUUCGUUGCUGCCGACGAAGGGUUUGCCUACGCCCGCGAACACCUCAACCCGAACUCGAUGAAGACGGGGUACCCGCCCUCCCACGAGCGGUGGGGAUGGAGGCAGGGUCCCGUGCAUGUCGAGGAUGGAGCUGUUGCAGGAGCAACUCUUGCUACGGUGCUCAGUCUGUGGUACCGACUGCCCAACCCGGUCCUCAUCCGCGCCGUCAUCCUCGGUCUGGGCGGUGGUGCCGCCACAAGCGGUCUGUUAAUGCUCAGCGACAAGUUUGGCGUUCAGCGCGACGAGGAGAAGAAGGCCGCAGAGGCCAGGAAGGCCGAGGAAGAGGCUGCGGCACUCGCGAGGGGCGACGACCCAUCAGCAACAGAGACAACAACAGACGACGAGAACCUGUCCUGGAUUGACCGCAUAGAAGCAUGGAUCCAGGAAAAGAGCAAGAAGGCAUAG